CUGCUACCCUGGGCCCAGGCAAGCCACUGACAGAGAUCCUGCCUGCCACCACUGGGUCUAGAGAUGGCUAGCAAUUUCACCACACCUCCCACAACUCCUCAGGGAAAUGACUGUGACCUCUAUGCACACCAAGACACAGCCAGGAUAGUAAUGCCUCUGCAUUAUAGCCUCGUGUUCAUCAUCGGGCUGGUGGGAAACCUACUGGCCUUGGUUGUCAUUGUCCAAAACAGGAAAAAAAUCAACUCUACCACCCUCUAUUCCAUGAAUCUGGUGAUUUCUGACAUCCUUUUCACCACGGCUUUGCCUACACGGAUAGCCUACUAUGCACUGGGCUUUGACUGGCAGAUGGGUGACGCCUUGUGCAGGAUAACAGCUCUGGUGUUCUACAUCAACACUUACGCCGGGGUGAACUUCAUGACCUGCCUGAGCAUCGACCGCUUCAUUGCCGUGGUGCACCCUCUCCGCUACAACAAGAUGAAGAGAAUUGAGCACGCCAAAGCUGUGUGCAUAUUCGUCUGGAUUCUGGUCUUUGCUCAAACUCUCCCACUACUCAUCAGCCCCAUGUCCAAGCAGGAGAAUGAAAGGAUCACUUGCAUGGAGUAUCCCAAUUUUGAAGACACAGAGUCUCUUCCCUGGAUUCUACUGGGUGCAUGUUUUAUAGGAUACGUGCUUCCACUCAUGAUCAUCCUCAUCUGCUACUCACAGAUCUGCUGCAAGCUCUUCAGAACUGCCAAACAAAACCCACUCGCAGAGAAAUCUGGUGUAAACAGAAAAGCCCUCAACACGAUCAUUUUCAUCAUUGUUGUGUUUGUUCUCUGCUUCACGCCCUACCACGUGGCAAUUAUCCAACACAUGAUCAAGAAACUUCACUUCUCUGACCUCCUCGAGUGCCACCAAAGGCAUUCAUUCCAGAUUUCUCUGCACUUCACGGUGUGCUUGAUGAACUUCAACUGCUGCAUGGACCCUUUUAUAUAUUUCUUUGCAUGUAAAGGGUACAAGAGAAAGGUCAUGAAGAUGCUGAAACGUCAAGUCAGCGUAUCGAUUUCCAGCGCAGUGAGGUCAGCUCCCGAAGAAAAUUCACGUGAAAUGACAGAGUCGCAGAUGAUGAUACACUCCAAGACUUCAAAUGGAAAGUAAAGGGACCGCAUCCUCCCUGGACUUGGUAUGAACUCUGUAGGACUUCUCUCCCAAAGUAAAACAACUAUUCAGCUUCCAAUCAGGAUGCCUUUCAA